AUGGCUGUGGAUGAGGUGAAGAGGAGGAAGACUCAUCGACACAAACAUGGUGAUACUGAAAUGCCAACAUCCCGCAAGCGGCCCCAGGAUGACAGUGCGACAUCAAAACCACCCGCCACCGCUACUAGCCACCCCGAUAUCGAUGCCGUUAGAAAAGCCAGACUCGCAUUCCUAGCCAAACCUCCCGAAGAAGGACGAAAAGUUAUGAAGUACGAGUAUGUGAAACGUACGAAGGCGUCGCAAGGAGAUGAAGAGAAGGAAAAGCGCCAUACGGCUACACGAGUACCACUUCCAAGCCGGGAGGUUCGCAAGCCCGAGCGGCGCUCCACCGCGCGCACAGACAAUAAUCGAAGACGCCCAGCGCAAGAUGAUAGUGAAGAUGAAUACGUUUAUGCGAGGACCGAAAGAGCGUCGGGCGCAGGUACAAGCGCAACGCAACCGGAGAAACCGCCGGCCCAGAGAACGAAAUCCCAAAUUCAGACUCCCAAAAAGACAGAAGUGCCGCGGAAACCACUAGAACGGCGGUACACGGAGCCAGCGAGGAGGAAGGAGGUGUAUGUCUUCGAGGAAGCACCUUGCGCAGGAGACGAGUCGCUGCCGCUACCACGUCGAAUGUCGGGCCUGGUCGAGAAAUCGCAAAAGUCCGAGUCCAAGAGAAGUACCACAACGGCAAAACCAAAGGCUGAUGUGGGCGUCGCAAAAUCCUCCGAGCCCGCGGGAACGCCUAAGAAAGGGCCGGUUUUGUUGAGCGGACUUCUGCCACCUAAACCUGCACAGCAAAGAAAAGUCUCGUGCCUAACGUGCGGUGAUGAUGAGAUCCCGAUAGCGCAAUCUGCUCUACUACCCUGCAAGCACCGCAUGUGCAAUACAUGCCUCAAGCGGAUUUUCAAGAUGUCCGUUACCGAUCCUGCACACAUGCCCCCCCGGUGCUGCACCGAUCAGCAUAUUGCACUUAAGCAUGUCGAGAAAUUGUUCGAUAACGAAUGGAAGGAAAAUUGGAACCGCAAAUAUCAAGAAUACCAAACCAAAAAUCGAGUGUAUUGUCCAAGUCGGAAGUGCGGCGCCUGGAUCAAACCAAAGUAUAUCACGAUAGAAAAUGGGCGUAAAGUGGGACGUUGUAAGCAAUGCAAAACAAAAGUAUGCCCGAUGUGUUCUCGGAAGAUGCAUACAACGCGCGAAUGCCCCAAGGAUCCGGAAACAAAAGCCUUCAUCGAAGCAGCGAAGGAGAAGGGUUGGCAAAGGUGCUACAGCUGUCACGCCAUGGUUGAGUUAAAGGAAGGCUGCAAUCAUAUGACAUGCCGCUGCACCGCUGAGUUCUGUAUGGUGUGCGGUCUGAAGUGGAAAUCCUGCGACUGUCCCUGGUUCAACUACGAGGCUGUUGAUGGACACUUGGGUGAUCCUGUUCGAUAUCAACAAGAAAUGGACAGACGCCGGGACCAGGUCAACCGCGAUGAAGCGCUCGCUCGACGCAUGCAGCAAAUGGGUUUAGGCGACGAUGCUGACGGCCAAGCUGCGCGCAUGUUUGGGCUGGGGAACGGAGCGAACCACCACAUGAACCAGAAUUUCAUCCAGCAAGCGCGGGAAGCGCUGACGGCAAACUACGCACAAGCGGGACAGGCCGCUAUGGGCCUAUUGAAUGGCUUCGUGAGGGGUCGAGAAAACCCCUUGCCUGGCAUGCCCAUGGAGAUGGAGCAAAUGCUGGAAAUGCUCGGCCAAGGAGGUAACAUGCGUGAUCCAGCAGAAGGUGGUAACCCAGCACGAAGGGCAGGGCGACGAGGGACAAAUAGGCGAAGACAGGCUCGGCCCGACGAGGCAGGUGAGCUCCCCGGGCCGAUGGCAAGAGGAGAAGAAAGACGAAUUCAAGAUUGGGCUAAUGACGGGGCUUGA